UAGAGAGAGAGAGAGAGAGAGAGAAAGAGCGAGAGCGAGAGAGAGAGAGAGAGAGAGAGAGAGAGAAGGAGCGCGCAGCAGCACUUCAUUACAUCCAGAGAGCACCAGCUGGAGGAAAUAUUCACCUGUGCGCCACCAGGACGCAUUCACAAGGAUUUGUUUCAUUAAUUUCCAGCAGACUCCUUACAGUCUUAAAGGCGCAGUGAAGGACUCUGUCGGACGUCUAGUCCUGAAAGCCAAACAAGUUUAUUUAGCCUCAGUGAGCUUUUUACGCACACGGAAGCUUGAAGGUUUUAUUCCGGAGAGACUAACUGCGCGCCUGUUUUCAUAAAGAGAAGGAAGAGGGAAACCAAAAACCAUGGCGAGACAUGACGACCGAAAUUGGCACGACUGCUCCAAAAUGCUCGGACUCCUCUGCCUGGUUGCCUCCAUGCUCACUCCACACGGAGCGUCAGGUCAGCGGGUGAAGGUGGAGCCGGAGGUGUUGUCGUAUCCCGGCCAGACUGUCAACCUGCGCUGUGCCUUCACUGAUGCCACGGGGAUUCAGCUCACAAUGGUCACGUGGAUCUACGAGCCGAAAGAAGGAGAAAGGAUCAACAUCGCCGUGUUCCACCCCAACUUCGAUCCCAACUUCCCCGAAUCGCCCGUGAAGGGCAGAGUCAGCUUCACGCCCAGCCCCCCGAACCUGGUCAGUCCCUCCAUCCAGAUAAGCGAGGUUAGGAUGACCGACGAGGGGAAGUACAUCUGCGAGUACGCUACCUACCCCAGUGGCAACGAGCAAGGCAUCACUUACCUGGUCAUGCUGGCUAAGCCGGAGAACUCUGCCUCCAUCGUCACAGUGGUAGCGGGCGCUAAGCCGGUCGUCGUGGCACGCUGCGAGUCUCUGAACGGCCGCCCCGCCGCCCAGAUCUCCUGGGUGACCGCAGUCAAUGGCAAUGCAACAACAGCGUCUAACCCAGGCGUCGACAACACCGUGACCGUGAGCAGCGAGUACCGCAUGGUCCCCACACCGGCAGACAACGGGAAAGACCUCAGCUGCGUGGUGGCGCACAGGACCCAGGUCAAAGCACAAAGCUUCCCGUUGAAGCUGGGAGUUCAAUACGCCCCUCAGGUGACAAUAGUGGGUUAUGACAAUAAUUGGUAUGUGGGUCGUACAAAUGUGGAGCUCACCUGCCAGGCUACCGGAAACCCCACUCCAACGACCGCCGAGUGGAAGACAAUGUCAGGAGAGAAGCCGGACACGGUGCAGAUCAAAGACAACGUGCUGAAGGUGCUGAAGGUGGACGACGCCGUCAACACCACUUUCGUUUGUGAGGUCAAGAACCGCAUCGGGACCGGCAGGGACCAGGUCACAGUCAUGGUUAGAGAGCCCUCAGUGAACCCAUCCAAUGCCGGCGUGGUGGCGGGAGCUGUGAUUGGCUCCCUGCUGGCCCUCCUUUUGGUUGCCGCUCUCAUCGCCGUGCUUGUCACCCGUAGCCGCAGGCAACAGCAGGGUUACCGCGCCAAUGGCGGCAGCGACAUGAAGACACGCAUAUUUGGUGGCGGCAAGAAGGCCAGCAAGAACGGCACGGGCGGAGGCGCAGGCAGCGGCGGCGUCGGAGGCGGCAACAACAACGGCCCCAUCUACGUUUACAACGAGAGCUCGCCCCACCAGGGCCUCGGGGAGAAAAACAACCACCACCAGCCGCUCACCAUAGGGGGCCGGCCUGAAGUCGCCGCCACUACACCCACCGCCCAAGAUAUCCUGCUAAGCAACGAGUUAGAUGAUGCGGAAAGGAGGAAGUUUGAUGAGCUGGAGGAGGACGAGAGGUAUGACCACUUCACUGGAGGGGCCCCCAUCCUGCAGCUUCGCCCGCCACAUGACCAGGACGAUAUGAUUGGAGAUUACAUGGAUGAUGACAUGGAGUCCCAGCGGGAUGGCUCCGUCAUCUCGCGGACUGCCGUUUACGUAUAGAGAAGGAGAAGAGGAAAGGAGGAGGAGAAGAAAAAGGAGGGAUCCUCCCGAGGAUUUUUGUGGCUCCAGGGUCUCGUCCCUGUCUGAUAGAGAAGAGAAAAUGAUACCGCUUUUAUUUUUGAAAAUUGAUUUUAAACAUAACCUAUUAUUAAUCACAGUGCAGCCCCAGAAUGGACUGAAUGAACAGGAGGGAUAUUCUGAAAGGAGCGUCGCUGUUAUCUGGUCCCUAAGAACUGCAAAUCAAACAGAGAAAAGAAACAACUUGUCUCCCACUGCUUCUGCUCAUGCUAUCGCUAUCACUGGGACCUUGACAAGGACUCUUGACAGACACACUAGAAGAGAGAAACCGUGUAGUGUGGGAGUAGGAUAAUGGAAUCAUGAUACAAGCUUGGCUAUAGAGGAGGCAACUCACUUGCAUAUUCACUCUUAUCUUCACCAAAACUGCAGAAGUGGAAGGGGUUGUCAAGCAGUUGCGUGUUGCCUCGCCCGCUAUUCUCCUGUGGGAAACCUUUUUGUUUUGGUAAUGCGUUGUGCUGUGACAGCUGGUGGGUAGUUAGUAGCUAGUGAGGGGUUGGGAGGAAGGUUUUUGAAAGUAUAGACAGUAGCCAUCAGGUGAAUUACAAAGUAUUUGCUCAAGUCUACUGGCAAGCUUUCAUUCCUGCUCUCUCUCCCUUCCUCUCAAACUUCUCUGCAAACUAUCAGUGACAGUAGAUGCGCUUGAAUUUACAACAUUUUAAAAAGAACAUUAGGUCGUCGUGCUGCACGAACACAAGAGCGGCUGAAUUCAACAAAGCAAGUUUGCAGAGAGUUUGAGCUAAGUUCUUAACAAGGUAUUCAAAUGCAAACUUUUGUACUGUGCCUGGAGGUAAGAGACGGUAAACAAGAGAUGAGGGAGUGAGGUGUAGCCAAUCUGACAGGGUCGAGGGAUGGAGAGAGGGAUGCAGGAGGACUGGAGAGGAGCGUGUGUCUCUUCUUUUCUCUUCCUCCUCAUCCCCGUCUCUUCAGAGCGCUCCUGACAGGAGGAGCUUGAUUGGUAAUGAGCCGUGAAGUCGCUCGCUUAGCUGGGACCAACAGAUUGCCACCACUUAUCGUUUAUGACGUGGCGAUUCCUCCCCCUCCCACCUCUAUCUCUCUAUCAUUCCUCCGUCUCUCUUUCUCUCUCUCUCCAUCCCUCUCUCCCAGUGUUUAUGGGGAGGUUAUGAUUUAUCCGGUGGUGUCGAGGUCAGGGCCACAGAGAGCAGCGGAGUAUUUUACUGCUCCUGAUGUGUCAAACGCCCCACUUACUCUAUUCCAGCCCCGGCCUGCCCUGACACGUCAAGACUGACUGAUCCACCUGGAGUGGCCAUGUUCACUCCACCGCGUGGACGCCACGAUCUCCUCCCACACUUAAGUAAAUGGCCGGAUGUAACAGAAUCCCAUGACCGCGUUAGGUUAGAUUGAUUUUCAAUCCGAUCAUGUAAUAUUUCUUUCCAUUAGCGGAUGUUGUUAAAUGUAGUGAAUUGAUCGGGAGACAUAAAAGGUUUGCGUCCACAGCGAAGCUCUGGGAGUCAUAUUGACUAACAGGCAACAAGCAGUGAAGUAGCCCUUUAUGAUGCAGCUUCAGGGCUGAUUGUCUUCUGACUAUUAAUUUAUCCUUCUAACGAGCCACCGGAGGCUCGCUCAGGCAAAUAUUACUACUGCCCGCUGCGGUCUUUGAGGCUCAGUGUGAGUGCAUCACCGUGUCUACGUAGCCACUCGAUGACUGUGAUGGACAAUCUUGGUAGAGACGCCCCGCUGUAGCUCCUCUAAUCGGGCUUUUCCUGGCCCUCUAAUCAGCUCCCCCUUGACCCACCGGGAAUCUGGUGAGUGUAGCCCUCCAUGACUGUACUGCCCUCCUGUAAGGCCAAGCAAAGAUCUUGGUUGCAGUUUGCUGCAGGGUCAUGAGGUCAAACACAGGGUGACCCAUUGCCAAGAGCAAGGAUGACUGCGCUUGCCUGCAUUCUCCUAUCAUAGCUGUUUUUAACCUUGAGCUAUAGAGGUGAGAAACACUCACAUACAGUACAAGUAUGUGUAUAGGGCGAGACAGUCCUAGUUUGCCUUUGUGAUGGCUGUUAACCUUUAGAGAGGCGGAGAGAGACACAGGGGAGAGACACAGGAGGCAGAUGAUGAAUACAGAGAGACGGCUUUCAGUAUUUGAGCAUAUUGUAAGCCAGUGUGUUCAAUAGGAUUAUCGUCUAAUGGCCUUACCUUCUACAUAAAUGCAGCUCCUGUCAACCCGGGGUACAGUAAAUGUACUGAACGCAGCUGAUUUGUCACAACCACUCAAAAUAUAAAAUAUUUACUUAUUUUUGCACUUGUGUGUGUCACCGCUACAAAGAGAAACAUGAGUGUAAUACUUGGGGUUAUUCGGGGUCAAAAUAGCGAUAAGGGACAAAAACUGUUGUAUGUACAUUUUGGUGUGAGGUAUCUGUGUACUAUAUAUGUAAGCAUCUUUAUUUUUCUUGUGAAAAUGUGGAUAUUUAUGACAAUGUAAAUAUCAGAUCGAUGGAGCCAGUGUUGCCAGUGUUGUGGAAGUAAAGAGGAAGGCGUUGGCUAAAGUCUAUAGUUCAAAAGUCUCAGAGGGCAUUCAGAAUGUAAUUUUUAAUCCAACGAAUACCUCGGUGGUUUGGGUGUUAAAACAUACUGAACUGACUGAGCUGAGUUUGCCUAAAGUGAUAAAGAGUCGAUUUGUAUUGGUGAAAAAAAAAGUUAUCAUUGCCUGCAUUUCCACAUAAUAAGCACACAGUAUUUUUUUGCACAACUGGCUUCUCCUUCUCCUUGACAGACACCCUGCACAAUGCAAAAAUACCCACAAUGCUCAUAAUUUAUUAGGUAGACUGUAACCACACAGGUGAUGUCUAUGUUGAGUCAGCUCUGUGUGUGUGUGUGUGUGUAUAUAGUAGUGUGUCGGUGUGUGUUUUUCGUGACGCUCGGGGGCUUCGGGACAUCUCUCGCUGCCAUUGGGGCUGUAACCUGAGUAGCCACCCUUUGUCACCGCGGACAACCGGCAAACUGAAGAUAUUAUUGUGCAUUUCGAAGACUCAACUCGCGCACACAUACUGUACAUAUACGCAGGAUGCAGAGAAACAUUCGCCCACUCGCAAACACCCCUCAGUCACUCUCAUUAUGCUCACUCCCACAGCCAAACUGUGCAGAAGACACCUCAUACCUGACAACUCUGCCAUCUCCUGACACAAGCCCACACAAACGCGCUCGCAUAGCUGCACACAAACACACAAACACUUCUUUCUCCUCUUCUUGCUCAGUGGCUCUGUCAGGACAUAUACUGUGUCCUAUUACUGUGGAAAGAGCCGCACCAUGAUGUGUCCCCCUGGUCCACUGCUUUCUAUUCCCCAAACCUGAUCCAGAGUCAGCGACCAUGUAGAACAGAGACAACUACACAUUCAGGGACACACACACACACUCACACCUUUCACCCAGUGUCAGAGAAACUGGCUUUUUAGGAAACCGUUUGUCCGUUCCGCUUUUUGUUCCACACGGGGGGAUAUAGCUUUCAUAAAAAUGCCACGGCGCUGACCUGCUCUCCCCUCCCGAAUCCCUUCGAAUGCUUUUAGAGCGUCGCAACUUCCCACUCAUCUCCAAAAUGUUGUUUCUCUCACUUCAACCACCUCCGCCACUGCGACCGCCGCCUCCACAGACACACACACACACACACACACACACACACACACACACACACACACACACACCGUUGCCACCCACCUCAGCACCCAUGUAAGGCUUGUCAGACAAAACGCUUUUAGAGGAAUCCAUGAUCCUGGUCCGGGUCUAGCACAAGGUUAGGUAGUCAAAUAAAUAUUUUUUCUUUUUUUCCCAGAAAGCCACACACUGUUGCUAUUUCUUCGGCUCCAAACAUUUGAUGACUAAUCAAAGCCUUAACAUCUCCCAUCUCACUCGCAUAAAUGAAGAAAAAAAAGAGAGAAAACUUCCCUGUGUACAUAGUAUAAAUAUAUAAAUAUGUAGCAGAGAAAAAGAUAUUACUAAUUUAUGGUGUCACGUUUGUGUAUUUCUCUCAGUGACAGCAAGCAUGAAGGAUUUAUUUUCUCCUAUUACAGUUUCCCCUCUUUUCUGUUAUUUUGCAGUGCUUUAUAAUUUAUAUUUUCUGAGUGCUUUAUUCUUGACUGCUGCGCUGUGAUUGCUGCCAAAACUGGCAAAAUGUGCUUCUUCUAUACAAAUGAACUGUACACACAUGAGAAAACAGUCUUACCCCCAAAAUGUGCUUUUUAUUAUUGACUGCUCUGUGUAAACGUUGUUUUUUCUUUUUGUAUUUUUUUAUUUCACAUUUAUUUUUGGUCUUUUGAAGAAAAAAAAAACGAAAUUAGAAUCGUUGUCACCAUUUUGUCGUGUCUUUCUAUAUUUUUUUUCGUAUUUGGUUGCUAUUAAAGAUUUCUUGAUUUUUGAAAAUG